UUUUGAAUCACCCUGUAGUCGCAUAUUAUGUUUUCAGACAGGAAAGGAGCCCAACAACAAUUAGAACUCGUUUAAGAACAUUUUCAUUUCCAUUUGGCACAUUGUUUUAUAUUUAAAUAAAAUUGUCCUGGCUGAAAAACUUGCUAAUAUUUACCCUCGCAAACGGACAGCCACCCUAAAAAUUGAUCCCCUUCCCCUAAUAGAUUGAAUCGAUACGGAGUUAGGAAGAAAAAUACUACGAGCGUCGCGACGCCUUGCGCACUUGCAUCGAGCAGCUUUAGAAGCAGGUGGUCUUUUGAUUGCAACAGAAAAUUAAUCUGUUGUUGCAAAAAUGCAGGUAAGUUUACUGUGAUUUAUUCUUAAUUUUGUAUACCCUGUGCUUAGAAAAAGCUGAAAACUACCUAGCAAAAUUAUCAAAAAGAAACAGCUAAAUAGCUGCUGCGUGCAUUGAAUUUUUACAGCCUAUGAGUAUAAAAAGCCAGUAACAAAUAAUAGCACUUUGCUUUUUCUGGCUCAAAUCACUGCAAGUUUUUGGAGAUAAACAAUCAAAGGAAAAGUGGGCAUGAGUGGUCAGAAAUUCAAACCGAUAUGGGAGCAAGCGGGACUAUUUUGCGACGAUUUCUGGACUUGGGAUUGCAAUAAUCGCAGUUACGACGUAAUUUUGGACGGAACGAACAACCACAGGGCCCUGUUUCAUCGUUAUUUCUCGACGAAUACUGCAGGAGUGCGAGGAACCAGAAUAUUAAACAACGGCCGAUUCUUCUGGGAGCUUGAAGUGCUUGAAAGCCGUGGAACCAGCAUUAUGAUAGGAAUAGGAACUGAAAACACCGUUCUUCAUCAGAAUACUUUCGGGCAUCUGCUAGGCCAAGACGACCAAAGCUGGGGUCUGUCUCAUCAUGGUCUAAUUUUCCACAAGGGAAUCUGCGCUCGUUAUUGUGGAAGGUUUCAUCCAGAGGUUCCUACCAUAAUCGGCGUACUAUUCGAUGGGAAAUCGGGGACACUUUCCUACUACAAAAAUUGGAAACCUUUGGGAGUGGCUUUCAGAGGAUUAAACUCGGUUAAAGAGCCACUGUACCCCAUAAUAAGUUCAACUGCAGCCAAGACGAGAAUGGUUCUUUUGCAGAGGAAACGAGAGUUUUUCAACCUGCAGGAUCGAUGCAGAGCCUCUAUCGUAGAGCGGCUCAAUUUCAAAGAGGAUGUUAAUCAGUUACGCAUUCCUUCAACACUAAAGGCGUUCUUGUGUGAAAGUAUGGAAAACCGAUAGCCCGAUUAGGUAUAGGAAUAACUAUUUGUCACUAAUAGCUGCUCUGAGCCUAGGAGCGAAAUGGUCCCUGCAAGCUUUUGCUUGGCAGGUUUGGAGAAGUUUAGGUUUGAUUGAGGAAAUAUAUUUUAAGUACGUACCGA